GUGGGAAGAGAUCGUUCGUCUCUCUACCUUUUUGUGGGGAGUGCGCCAUAACUGGCGUUUGUGUUUUUGACUGUGCUAAGAAAAUCCAAGAACAUCCAAAAUGGUGAACUUCACUGUUGAUGAAAUCCGUGCCAUGAUGGACAAGAAGCGGAACAUCCGUAACAUGUCUGUCAUUGCUCACGUAGAUCAUGGUAAAUCCACUCUCACAGACUCCCUUGUGUCUAAGGCUGGUAUCAUUGCUGGAGCCAAGGCUGGUGAGACUCGUUUCACUGACACCCGUAAGGAUGAACAAGAACGUUGCAUUACCAUCAAAUCCACUGCCAUCUCUAUGUACUUCGAGUUGGAAGAUAAGGAUUUGGUAUUCAUCAAGAAUAUUGACCAACGCGAAAAGGACAUGAAAGGUUUCUUGAUCAACUUGAUCGAUUCCCCCGGUCACGUUGAUUUCUCCUCAGAAGUCACUGCUGCUCUCCGUGUAACUGACGGAGCCCUUGUCGUCGUAGAUUGCGUUUCUGGUGUAUGCGUACAGACCGAAACCGUACUUCGUCAAGCUAUUGCUGAACGUAUCAAGCCAAUCUUGUUCAUGAACAAGAUGGACCGUGCUCUUCUUGAACUCCAAUUGGAUUCCGAGGAGUUGUACCAAACUUUCCAACGUAUCGUUGAAAACGUCAACGUUAUUAUCGCUACCUACUCGGACGACAGCGGCCCAAUGGGAGAAGUUCGCGUUGACCCUAGCAAGGGAUCCGUCGGUUUCGGUUCUGGUCUCCACGGCUGGGCUUUCACCCUCAAACAAUUCGCUGAAAUGUACUCCGAGAAAUUCAAGAUCGACGUUGUCAAGCUCAUGAACAGGCUUUGGGGAGAGAACUUCUUCAACGCUAAGACCAAGAAGUGGGCCAAGCAAAAGGAAGAUGAUAACAAACGCUCUUUCUGCAUGUACAUUUUGGACCCAAUCUACAAGGUGUUCGACUCCAUCAUGAACUACAAGAAGGAAGAAUACGAAGCGCUUUUGCCGAAAUUGGGCAUUGCCUUGAAACACGAAGACAAGGAUAAGGACGGCAAACCAUUGUUGAAGGUCGUCAUGAGGACCUGGUUGCCAGCUGGUGAAGCUUUGCUUCAGAUGAUUGCCAUCCAUUUGCCAUCCCCAGUAGUCGCCCAGAAAUACCGUAUGGAAAUGUUGUACGAAGGCCCACACGACGAUGAAGCCGCUGUUGGUGUUAAGACUUGCGACCCUAACGGUCCUCUUAUGAUGUACGUAUCGAAAAUGGUACCGACCACCGAUAAGGGUAGGUUCUACGCUUUCGGUCGUGUCUUCUCUGGAAAGGUAGCCACCGGCAUGAAGGCCCGCAUCAUGGGACCCAACUACGUUCCUGGCAAGAAGGAAGAUCUUUACGAAAAGGCCAUCCAACGUACCAUCCUCAUGAUGGGACGUUAUGUUGAAGCCAUCGAAGAUGUCCCAUGCGGUAACAUCUGCGGUUUGGUCGGUGUCGAUCAAUUCUUGGUCAAGACCGGUACCAUCACCACCUUCAAGGACGCCCACAACAUGAAGGUCAUGAAGUUCUCCGUGUCACCUGUCGUGCGUGUCGCCGUUGAACCCAAGAACCCAGCUGAUUUGCCAAAAUUGGUAGAAGGUUUGAAACGUUUGGCCAAAUCCGAUCCUAUGGUCCAAUGUAUCAUCGAAGAAUCUGGUGAACAUAUCAUCGCUGGUGCCGGUGAACUUCACUUGGAAAUUUGCUUGAAAGAUUUGGAAGAAGAUCACGCUUGCAUUCCACUCAAGAAAUCCGACCCCGUUGUGUCAUACCGUGAAACCGUCAGUGAAGAAUCUGAUAUUAUGUGCCUGUCCAAAUCUCCAAACAAGCACAACAGGUUGUUCAUGAAGGCCUGCCCCAUGCCCGAUGGUUUGGCUGAAGACAUUGACAAUGGCGAUGUCAACCCACGUGACGACUUCAAGUCUCGUGCUCGUUACCUUGGCGAGAAAUACGAUUACGAUCUUACUGAAGCCCGUAAGAUCUGGUGCUUCGGCCCAGACGGUACUGGCCCCAAUCUUCUCGUUGAUUGUACCAAGGGUGUGCAAUAUUUGAACGAAAUCAAGGAUUCCGUUGUCGCUGGUUUCCAAUGGGCCGCCAAGGAAGGUGUCCUUUCCGAAGAGAACUUGCGUGGUGUUAGGUUCAACAUUUAUGAUGUUACUUUGCACGCUGACGCUAUCCAUCGUGGUGGUGGCCAAAUUAUCCCAACCACUCGUCGUUGCUUGUACGCUUGUCUGAUGACCGCUCAACCAAGGCUUAUGGAGCCAGUCUACCAAUGCGAAAUUCAAUGCCCAGAAAUCGCCGUUGGUGGUAUCUACGGUGUAUUGAACAGAAGACGUGGUCACGUUUUCGAAGAAAUGCAGGUCACUGGUACCCCCAUGUUCGUCGUCAAGGCUUACUUGCCCGUCAACGAAUCCUUCGGUUUCACCGCCGAUCUUCGUUCCAACACCGGUGGACAAGCUUUCCCGCAAUGCGUGUUCGACCAUUGGCAAGUACUGCCCGGUAACCCAAUGGAACUCGGAUCCAAACCAUACCAAAUUGUGCAGGAUACACGUAAGAGGAAGGGAUUGAAGGAAGGUCUGCCAGAUCUUACCCAAUACUUGGACAAAAUGUAAACAUCAGGGUGUUAGGAUCUGUACAAAGUAUUUAAAAAGGAUAUUCAAAAUAAACAAUAAAAAAAUAUUUUAUUUUA